GCCGCCGCUGCUGUCCGCGCGCUCGAGCUGACCGGAUCACCGGGACCGGGACUUUCACUUUCACCGGAUGAAUAUACUUGUUUAUUUUUCAUUCAAUAACAAAAAUAUUGAAACAAUGAAAAAUAAAAAUGAACUUUCUGUUUUUUGACGGAAUUCAUUUGAAAUUUAAGGGAAACUUUUUUUCGCCGGUGCUUUCUCUCCGGUUCCGCGCGCGCCCGGACUCCAGUACUCCCAGUACUGAUGGUGUGAUGGUGUGUGUUGGUGCGGGAUGGGUUCCUCUCAGGUAAACGGGAGUGUCAUCUUCAUGACAGUGACUGGAUUACCGUGUCCUCGCGCAGGAGGAGGCUGCUGAGGGGGAGGAGGAAGAGGAGGAGGAGGAAGAGCAGAAUCAGGAGCGCGAGCCGCAGCAUUCCUCCACUUACACCCCGAGCUCUGCCCCGCGCGAUCCGGUGGGACUGGAGCUGAACUGGGAGAGGGUGCAGUCAGCCUUCCAGUCUGGGUCUCGCGGGAUUGGCAGGAGAAUGCUGGUCCCAGGUACCCGGCGGCAGGAUGGCGUUGAGUUGGCCGAGAGCCGUGGUCGUUAGGUGGUUCCUCUCGAUGCUCCUGUGGCACUGGGCACCUCUGGCUCCUCUGAGUUGGCUUCUGGCGGCGGCUGAGCGCCUGGACCACAACCCGUCCCCGUUCUUCUCGGUGUCCGGCCGGAGCAGCGGGCAGCUGGACUGGCUCCUCUCUGAUAAAGGACCCUUCCACCGCUGCCCGGAGUACACCGAGUUCAAGGAGCGCUUUCAGCAGGGCUUCACCACCCGCUACAAGAUCUACAGGGAAUUCAGCCACUGGAAAGUGAACAGCUUGGCCACGGAGAAGAGGGAUUUCUUCAAGGCGCCGCUGCCUCUCGCUCCGGAGUUCUUACGAAACCUCAGGCUGCUGGGGAGGAGGCCGAGUCUCCAGCAGAUCCACGAAAACCUCAUCAAAAAAUAUGGCACUCAUUUCCUGGUAUCGGCUACGCUGGGAGGGGAGGAGUCGCUCACCAUCUUCCUGGACAAGCAGAAGCUCAGCAAGAAGUCUGAAGGGAACGGGAACAGCUCGGUGGUUUCUCUGGAAGUCCUGCACCAGCUGGCAGCUUCCUACUUCACCGACCGAGAGAGCACCCUUAGGAGACUGCACCACCUCCAGAUCGCCACCUCUGCCAUCAAGGUAACAGAGACCAGAACGGGUCCUCUCGGAUGCAGCAACUACGACAGUCUGGACUCGGUCAGCUCGGUGUUGGUGCACAGCCCAGAGAAUAAAAUACACCUGAAAGGUUUACAGGAUGUGCUGCCGGAUUUCCUGCGGAAUCGCUUCGUGGAGGCGGCGCUCAGCUAUGUGGCCUGUAAUUCGGAGGGUGAACUGCUGUGCCGGAGUAAUGACUGCUGGUGCCAGUGCUCUGCAAAGUUCCCCGACUGUAACUGCCCCUUCACCGACAUUAAAGCCAUGGAAGACAGUCUGAGGAAGAGUAAAGAGUCCUGGGUAGCCUCCAACAACGAGUUCAUCGAGUCAGACGAGUUCAAAGCGUUCCUGAAGAAACUGCCCACCGAUCACUUCCUGAACACCUCGGCCAUCUUGCGGUUCUGGAGCUCCGACCCGGCUCUGCAGCGGCGCCACGGCCUGCUGGAGACCGGAACCAGACUGAUCCUGGGAAAAGCCCAGAAGAUCGUACGCAAACUCUUCACCCUCAGCAAGCGCUGCCCUAAACAGCCAAAGAUCAGCCUGCCCAGAGACAGGACUCUGGGGUUCUGGCUGAACCGGGUUCAGUCUCUGCUGUACUGUAACGAGCACGGCGUCCCGGGCUCUUUCUCCGAGGAGGCGCAGGGGUGCGUGUGUUUCUCCGAGCAGAGCGGCAGCUGCCAGGGCACCGUCCCGUGCCGGGUGGGCGAGAGCACCCUGUGCCUGCUGUGCGCCCCGGACAACAUCACCCGCUGCGGGACGUGCCUGCCCGGCAGCGUCCUGCACACGGGGUCCUGCCGGCCCAACAUCGCCAACUCCCUGGACCACUACGUCAACUUUGACCUGGACAUGCCGGACGCGGAGGCGCGCCACCUCCUGCACCGUCUGGACAGCCGCAUGGAGGUCCACGCCAUCUACAUCAGCAACGACGUGCGCCUGGGCAGCUGGUUCAACCCGGCGUGGCGCAAACGCAUGCUCCUGACGCUCAAGAGCAACAAGAACAAGUCCAACCUCAUCCACAUGCUGAUGGGGAUCUCCUUCCAGAUAUGUUCCACCAAGAACAGCACGCUGGAGCCCGUGCCUGCCAUCUACGUCAACCCCUUCGGGGGGAGCCACUCCGAGAGCUGGUUCAUGCCAGUCAACCAGCAGGACUUUCCCGACUGGGAGCGAACCAGGCUGGACUCGUCCCUGCAGUGCUACAACUGGACGCUAAUGCUGGGCGGCAAGUGGAAGUCCUUCUUCGAGACGGUGCACAUCUACCUGCGCAGCCGCAUCCUCACCGACGACCCGACCGUCAACGAGACGCUCUUCUACGAGCCGCUGGACCCGGACGACCGCUCCGCCAACCUGGGCUACAUGAAGAUCAACAGCCUGAAGGUCUUCGGCUACAGCAUGCACUUCGACGCCGAGGGCAUCAAGGACCUGAUCCUGCAGCUGGACUACCCAUACGCGCAGGGCUCGCAGGACGCCACCUUCCUCAUGCUGCUGGAGAUGCGAGACCGCAUCAACCGCCUCUCGCCGCCCGCCGCCCAGCCGCUGGACCUGUUCUCCUGCCUGCUCAGGCACCGGCUCAAGCUGUCGGCCGGGGAGGUGGCUCGCGUCCGGGACUCCCUGCAGAGCUUCAGCGCCAAGCUGCCCAACUCCCCCGAGCCCGAACUCGGCCAGCUGUGCAGCUAGCCUGGCUAAUGCUAGGCUGGCUAAUGCUAGCCCGGCUAGUGCUAGCCUGGCUAAUCCUCCCCCGGCCUCUCCGGCGCGGGCGGCGCGAAUGUGACCGAGGGACGGGAAUAUGACAGGGAAUGCCAUGUUAUUCGAAAUUCGGGAAUGAGUGAAUACGGUGUUCUGAUUGGGUCGACGGGAUUCAGAAACAACGUUCAGCAGUUUCCCUUUCUCUGGGCGAAAAACUCAACGAAUAAAAACGUGAGGUGUGACUGACGCGUGGAGGACGCUGAGUACAGAGAGCGCUGUGUAUCUGAAUGCUCACCGAAUUCAACACGGACCAAACCAAGCUACGCUCCUGAGCUACUUCUGUACGCCUGGAAAUAAAGAUAUAUAGAGAAUGAAAGAGAGAUAAAGAGAUAAAGAGGUAAACCGGGACUCGUCUCCUCUCGCGUAUCUGAAAAUGUCGAUGUUUUUGGUGAUGUCAUUGUUCAACUUGAAAAGGGGGGUGAAAACGUGCUCCAUUCGGAUUCAUAUUUCGUGUCCGGAGAGGGAAGGUCACUCAGUGAUCACAAUCAGUGCAGGGGUUUACCGUGAUUUUCUAUUUUAUCUUAAAUCCUGAAUCCUGUAUGGAGAGCUGUAUAUCUGUAUUUAACGCUGGAGUGAGAUCCCCGUAAAGGAAGCUUUGUAUUCAGAGAUUUUAUCAGAGGCUAAACCAAAAGGCAAACAAACGAACAAACGAAUGAACGAACGUGGAGUCGAGCUGAGCGGCGAAAUGUCUGUUUUUAAAUGUUCACAGAUGUUUUCUCUCUCUCUCUUUUUUUUUUGAGAUGUUGCUUAAGAUAACACAUGACAUCAUUUUGAAAAAGGUUGGUGUGCAGCUUUGUAUAUUCUGCUCCUCCGUCAUCGAUCCUCAUUUAGGACGCAGUGAAAGCUGCACGACGCUUCUUGAAUAUAACUGGUUGAACAUUCUUCUAAAAUUUGUACUUUUUGAAAAGUGCAAAGACCAAAAACAUUUCAUACACGACGAAAAAAAGGAAAAACUAAAAAAAUCUAUUGCCUUAUAACGUGGAGUCUAUGUUCGGAUAUCGAAGCACACUCGGUCGCUUGUUACUCUCUCUCUGUCUCUCUUUAAACCUUUUUACUUUUUACUCCUUUUUGCACCGGUUCUCGUCUCUCUUUUAUUUCAGUUCUGAUUUAUUUGGUUUUUAAAGUCACGACUAAUCUGUACAAUUCCAGUUUAGAACUGAGUGACUCUCUGUGAGGAAUACUUGCUGUGUCUGCUCUGUAGAAAAGUCAAAUAGCUCCACGUUUGCUCUUACAUUUACAUUUAACAAAGCGCCUGUAUUUAUUAAUUCCAGUUUACUGAUAUAUUAAAUAAUUUGCAUUAAAUUACUACAGACUUUUCUAAUGUGCAUCACAUCUCAGUCACUUCUAGUAACUACUAGUCGUGUAAAAUGGCCCAAAGUAAUUUUCUACAGUCUACUCCUGUCUUUGAUUGAUUUGCAUUGGAAAAUAUUAUAUUACUCCAAUCAAGCAUAACAUUAGGACCAUCCCCUUCUUUCUACUGUACAUCCAUAAUUAAGCAUUAAAACUCUUGAGGUUCGUGCUAUAACCUGUAAUAUGACCUGAGGCCUCGUGCCCAUGACUGCAGCACAGCAGUGCCGAUAUUACAGGUUAUAGCACGAACCUCGAGCGCAUUACUGCUUAAUUAAUGAGUUCAGAAAUAAUCAAUAUUUAGUUCAAUAACCCUGUUUUGUUUAUCACAGUUUUAAUUUAAUGCAUCUUGGCAUCAUGUUCUCCUCCUCUACCAGUCUUACACACUGCUUUUGGAUAACUUUAUGCUGCUUUACUCCUGGUGCAAAAAUUCAAGCAGUUCAGUUUGGUGGUUUGAUGGUUUGUGAUCAUCCAUCUUCCUCUUGAUUAUAUUCCAGAGGUUUCUAAUUUGGUAAAAUCAAAGAAAUUCAUCAUUUUUAAGUGAAAUCUCAUUUUUUCCUAUUUUAAAGACGUUUUUCACUUUUAUCAUUUUUCAACAACGUCUCUACCACUGCUUAUUUUGAUCUGGACCAAAUAAAGCCCUGAUUUUAUCUGUAGAGAAUCUGAAAGAGAGUGUAUAAGAGUGUCAGAGAUUUUCAGAGGGCAGGGCUGAAGGUGAAGGAUCUGGGGGAGGUUGUCUAAAGGCCGAGCCGAUCUCUCAGCCUGUCAAAACUCUUCCCACUCUCCGUCCGGAAUAAAGGAAAUCAAGGAAUAAAGGAUCAGAGCGAAGGAGGAGGGAGUUCUGUAAAUAUGUAAACAUCACUUAACAAUCAGCGAACAUCAGUUUUCACCCCUAACACCACUGCUGCGCUCCGAUUCACCUCCGAUUCUGGAAUUUCCUGGGUGAAAUGAGGAAAUUUCCUCUGGAAAACCCUGAAAAUGAUGCAUAUAAACAGUAAAGCAGUAGAGCAGCAGUGUUAUAGUGCAGAGCCCCUAAGGUGACAUCAUGUUAAAAGAAAAUAAUAAUGCAUGGCAGCGAGAUAAUUAAGGUGUAGGAAUUAGAUCAUAAUGCGUGGCCAUGACUUAUUACGAGGUGGGAAAGAAAUCCUAAUGCGUGGCCAUGACUUAAUAAGAGGUGGGAAUGAGAUCCUAAUGCAUGGCCAUGACUUAUUACGAGGUGGGAAAGAAAUCCUAAUUUGUGGCCAUGACUUAAUAAGAGGUGGGAAUGAGAUCCUAAUGUGUGGCCAUGACUUAUUAAGAGACGGGAAUGAGAUCGUAAUGUGUGGCAACAACUCAUUAAGAUGUAGGGAAGAAAUCCUAAUGCAUGGCCACAACUUAUUAAGACCCUCAGCUCAAAUUUGAAAAAUGCUAAAAAAUGGGAGUGGCAGUUUGGGAGGGGCACUGGGUGAUGUAUGGGUUUAGGG